UUGCUCCGCAACAACGCAUUAGAAUCUCUUCAAAAUUGAAUAGGGUAAACUAUAUGUAUUUAAAUAUAGUGUAUUCGAAUCAAUUUAUUCUAUUCUGAAAUACAUUAACUUGUGUUAAAUGUAUUCAAAAAAUCCGCCGCAUAUCGAUAGCACAACCGCGAUAUCAAACCGUCGAUAGCUUCAGCAAUGCAACCGCGGAAAUGGAGAAAAAUGUAAACAUGGAAACAAUAAAAAUAGAACCUGAAUUAGAUGAAGAUGCGGCGCAAAAUGACACAGGGGAUGCUUCAGGAUCGGAUAACUGCAAUCUGGAGGUCAAGACUGAACCGGAAAUUGAUAUAGGCCCAACUUGUGUGGAGGAGUCCAAGAGGCUCUAUGACAUCAGCCGGCUUAGAGCAUUUGGCGAUGUGCCUUUUGUUAUAAAGCGCAUGGAGCUCAAAGACUUUCCCCUAAGCUAUACCAAGGCUGUGACCAGCGUCGAGAAGCUACUGGCGUGGCUGCGACGCAAUAAGGUGCCAAAUGGAGUUGGGAUUGCCUUUCGCAUUGCGCAGCACAUGCCGUCCUCGUGCAUUCUGAUAUUGGCGAUCCUCAACCACAAAUGCCAUUUCUUUGCGACGGACAAAAUGAUGAUGUCGAAGGCUCUGCACGGGCAAAUGUGCACCGCUGGUGUCGAUUAUCUAGUGGUCAGCGGGCAUAUGUCCGUCGGCGCUGUAUAUUUCGAGCGGAUCGACAUAUGUUUGGUCUACAACGAGGAAUACAAGCUAUUCAAGCUGAAACGCACUCCUACCGAUCCCCCGGUGCAGGCGAAGAAGCCUCUGCCGGCCAACAUGUGCUACACAAUCACGACAACAGGUACGACGGGAACUCCCAAGCUGAUUCACGUGCCCUAUGAAUGUAUUGCUCCCAAUGUAUUGGCGCUCAGCCAGAAGCUGAAUGUCUCCAUGGCCGACAUAAUCUUUUUGGGUACCCCCUGCACCUUCGAUCCCUUUGUUGUGGAGCUAUUUCUCGCACUCCAAACCGGAGCCGCCCUACUGGUCAGUCAACACACGAUGAGGGAAGCCCCAUCAAAGGUUCUUAGUGCGCUUUUUCCCACCAGCGUGAACACGACGGGCAUUACUAUUCUGCAGAUGACGCCCUCGCUAUUCAGGCAAUUCGGAGCAACUGCAAUACGCGAACGAAUCUUAAGUAACUCGAGUACACUAAGAGUGCUUCUUCUUGGUGGUGAACCAUUUCCAUCCAGUGCAGAGCUGAUCACGUGGAUGGACCCACUUGUUCUGUUGCAGAAACACAUUUGCAACAUCUACGGAAUCACAGAAGUAUCGUGUUGGAGUCUACUGCACAUUUUACAUUCCCUGCAAACGCAAAUGCCACUGGGCACGCCCAUCGAUGACGAAACGGUGAUACGGAUUCAAUACCAGACCGAUCGAAAUAUGGAGCACGGAGAGCUCUUCAUCGGCAGCGCCACUCGACGUUGCUAUAUCCCGGAAAUCGAUGACGUGGAAAAGGUGAAAGAGGACUCUGCCAUUUGUUUUCGAUCAACUGGAGAUCUGGUUAUCCGCUUGGAGGAUGGAACAAUAUGCUAUGGCGAGCGCGCCAAUGAUGUGGUCAAGCGAGCCGGCAAUCGCAUCAGUUUGGGCUUAAUCACUCGUAAAAUUGAGAAAUGUCUGCCCAGCGGAGAGCUGGCUACUUGCCUGUGGCUCGAGGAACUCCAGAAGCUCAUCUGCUGCAUACGUACGUUGGAAAUUAAGACCAAGGUGCAGCAGCGGGCCCAGACUUUCGAUAUACUGUCCAAGCUGUUGAAUGCGGAGCAGCCAGACAGAUUUAUCUAUCAGCAGCACUUCCCCUGCAAUGUUCAUGGGAAAUUGGACAAGGAAUUGUUGCUCAAAGAGUGCAUACCUCUGGCUCAGCCCGCCCAGGAAAUAUUAAAGAGUUUCCUACACGACAGACUGGAAUGUGUGGACGUAUCGAAUGAGAGAAUGGCCAAGAAGCCACGGCUGGAGCACAGCCAGCCCUGUGGGUUUGAUCUGAGUUUUCGUCAGGCGGGAGGCACCUCCUUUCAUGCCAUUACGAUUUGUCGAGAGAUUGGCCUGCAAAUGUGCAUCGACGAUGAGCAGCGACACUUGUUCGAGAUGCUGCUCGACGAGAAUGUUCCACUGCGCACCGUCCUGCGCUUUCUUGAUACGGCCAAGCUGGUGGCAAAUAAUACUAAACUGAAGCCGGUGGAACCGUUGCCAACCAAGACGGUAAACUGCGCCACUGGAAUCAGUGGCAGCUGUGGUCUGACCAUCACCCGUAUCGAGCAGCCGGAGAUUAAAUUCCAAUUCCAUUGGAAGGUCAACUUCAGCAAGUGCAUCGAUUCGCCCGUGUCGCAGUACGAGGAACGCUACAUUUGCGUGGGCGCACAUUCCCAGAUUUUGCGCACCCUCGAUCCUCAAACCGGUAUCGAGCUGAGCAACGUAAAGCUGCCGGAUCGGAUUGAGUGCAAAGUGACGUUCCUCAGCGAGCAGCUGGCCAUGGUGGGCUGCUAUGAUGGUUGCCUCUACGGCUUCAAUCCCCUCACUGGCGAUAUUGUGUGGCGCGUGGAGAUUGGCGGCAUGAUCAAGGCCCAGCCAUUGCUGACGGCCGACGGCUCCCGAAUUGUGGUCUGCAGCUAUGCCGAGGACUACAAUGUGUAUUGCCUGUCCGCCGAGCGGCAGGAAGUGCUCUGGUGCAUGAGGAUUGGUGAAAAGGCAAUAUUCGCGAGACCCCUGGAGUUGCCCAAUGAACAGUCGCUGGUCAUCUGCACACUGGACGGUGGCUAUACGAGGGUCGCUCUCACCGACGGAUCCGUUGAAUGGGCGCAAAAGUGCAAGGAGCCAUUGUUCGCCACUCCUGUCCUUCUGGAUUCGAAGCCAAGCCAUUUCCUGUGUGCCGAAGUGGCUGGACGUGUGCAUGCGUGUCAUGUGGGCAAUGGAAAGAUUAUGGCUACGUACACUGCAGAGGGCAACAUCUUCUCCUCGCUGGUCGUCAAGACGCCACCCACACACAUGGGCUAUUCGUUUGUGGUCUUUGGCUGCAUCGAUCGUCAUGUGUAUUGCCUACGAUGCAACACAGAACGGGUGCGACAACCGGUCUACUUCGAACUCCAAUGGAAGGUCGAUAUGGGAGCCCCUAUAUAUGCCACGCCCACACUACUCACGAUUCAGCUCAUCGGCCAUUUGGUUUGGAGCAGCGCCACCGAUGGCCGCGUCGUUUUGAUGAAUUUUCACAAUGGCCAGAUUCAGUGGUCGGCCAAGCUGCCUGGCGAAAUAUUUUCCACUUCCUGCUAUAUAGAGAGCCUCCGGCGAGUCUACGUGGGAUGUCGAGAUAAUUAUCUAUACUGCCUGGGCGUCUAGGCCACGUGAAUACAGAUGGAUUUAUGUAGAUCUCGACAUGCCAGCAAAUUAACAUUAUGUUAAAAUACGAUUUUAUGUAGUGUGACAUGAUAUUAGAUGUCAUUGGUCACAUUUUUUUUUGUAUCUAAUUGUAAUUAAAUAUUAAUCAUUAUUUUGUAUAUAAUUUGCACAUUAAAGAUUAAUCAUGAAGGAAAUAGGCCUAGGUAUGGUCGGAAACGUCUAGGAGAGCUCGCACAAUUGUCACUGUUCGGCUAAGCGAAGUUCAAAUAAUUUUUUAAAUUUGUUUUUCACACAACAAUCCUUAAUGUCUUUGAUGUUUUUCUAAUUAUCCUGAUUAUACAAAAAUAUAGCGUCUCCAUGUCGGACAAGAAAUAUUCCUUAAAGAAUUAAAAAAUAA